GAGCGAAAGUCGAUUCCUCCGCUACAUCCGCAUGUUUUGUUACGGUCAUGGUGGAUGAGGAUUCCGAUGAUUAUGAAUCCUUACCCAGUACUAGUCCACUGCCACAACACAUGUUUGCAGGUGCAUGUGCAGGUAUAAUGGAACAUAUUGUCAUGUAUCCUGUCGACUGUGUUAAAACUCGAAUGCAGUGUCUGAGGCCUGUUGGUUGUUCUAAUUACCCAGGUUUACUAACUGGUCUGUAUCGUCUAAUCCUUCAGGAAGGAGUACCAGGGUCGCUAAAAGGUAGUGGUGCAGUGAUAUGGGGUGCUGGUCCGGCUCAUGCUGCUUAUUUUGGAUGUUAUGAAAAAAUGAAGUCAACCUUAGCUACAGCUCCCAUAGGAUCGACCCAUGUAAAUCAUAUGAUAGCUGGGACUUGUGCAACUUUACUGCACGAUGCUAUCAUGACUCCUGCAGAUGCUGUGAAACAACGUCUGCAAAUUUACAAUAGUCCUUACCACAACACUUUUGAUUGUCUCCGUCGAGUGUGUUUAACAGAAGGACUCGGCGUAUUGUACAGAGCUUAUUUUACACAGUUAUCCAUGAAUAUACCUUAUCAGACAAUUCAUUUUGUUUGUUAUGAACAUGCUCAGAGUUUAAUAAAUCCAAAUCGUCAGUAUCUACCUUGGACUCACGUUGUAUCCGGAGGUAUAGCUGGUUGUUUUGCUGCUGCUUUCACAAAUCCGUUAGAUGUUUGUAAAACUUUACUGAAUACACAGGAUCGGUGUUUUCAAAAGAAUAUAUGUCUUGGUCACUUCACACAGUCAUCUAAUCCUGAAUUCCGAGGGUUGUUUGGCACAGCGAUGUAUGUAUAUCAAAUGACUGGUUUAAGAGGAUUCACUAGAGGUAUAAGUGCUCGAAUCCUAACAGCUGUUCCCGGCACUGCUUUAUCCUGGUCAGUUUAUGAAUAUUUUAAAUGGCGGUUAAAAGCACGAACGAAAGUUUUAGGAUCUGAUUUCGGUGAGACUAGUGGUGGUAACAGUGUUCAUAAUAUUGAAAUUUUACCCAUGGAAAAAAUGUGUGUAACCGCCAGUUCCAAAUGGAUUCCUGAUUCCACUGAUUUGACAUACACAGCAACAGUUAAUACUACAAGUGGGAGAUCAAGUUUACAAGAGAACACUAGAUAAGUCUAACUAUUACUAUUGCUAUGAAGUAGUAGUGCUACAUAUGAAAUGUUUAAAAUGUUCCAUGCUUUUUAUCCAUCUGCUUCCUGUGAUGAUGAUGAUCAAGUAUCCACACAGUGGAUCAGUUUGUUCACCACCGACAAAACUAGUUUGCAGCAAUAAUUGUUUAGGUUACAUAAAUUUCCCCGCUUACCAUACACAAAACUUUGUAUAAAAAGAUGAUUAUUCAUUACAUCAUCUUUCUUGUAUAAUUAAACAUUGCUUUUAUCUUUUCUUUCCUCUAUCUUCUCGUUCAGACUAAUUUUAACCAUGUGUACAAAUUACAUUUACUUUUAGUCAUUUCCUGUCUAUUGGUUUGUUUGUUUACCCUCCCCCCGAGGUGGGCGGUUCAGAGAAAUAUCAUUAUGUUGAUGUGAUUAUUAUUACUAAUUAUAAAUAGAUAUUUUGUUGAUGUAGACAUUUUAAUCUUUUUCCGCGUUCAUUCCAUAACGUCUGACAAUUAUCCGAUAGAAUGUUAGGCAAUCUAGUCAGUUUGUAGUUUUUCGUAAGCGUGCGUACUUGGAAAUGUUGUCGAGCUAUGUAAAUAAAUAGACUGUUGUGCAUUGGUCAUUUAUUUCCACAUUUUAUGAAAUUCUCAAUGACAAGACUACGAGUUAUUUUCAUGUCUUUGCUACUCUAACCAAAAUACCGAAUGUAUGUAAAUGAGAUCAGAAUAUGU